CUGCAAGAUGCCCCCAACCAUUUCCCCGCUGACCUGUUGCAUCCCCCGCACGCCAACCUUACGGGUUUCCCGCAACUUCCGUUCGUACAGAUUGUCCCGGACAUUCUCAUCAUCGUCAUCGUCAUCACCAUCCAGAUCUCCGCUCUCCGUGUCUCUACAAGCACCCUCUACGCGACCUACGUCUACGAGCAUCACCAACACAAAUAUCCCCACAAUCGAGAAGAUCUCCUGUCUUCGAACCUACCAGAAACGAACCAUGUCUGCUGCUCCCAUUCCCGACCGUUAUAAACUCGUCUUCUUCGUCCCGCACUCCGACCUCGAGGCCUGUAAAGAAGCCGUCUUCGCGACCGGAGCGGGAACUUUCCCUGGGGGCAAGUACCAAAAAUGCUGUUUCCAGAUGCCCGGUCAAGGCCAAUUUCUGCCGUCCGAGGGUGCGAAUCCUGCCAUUGGUGAAGUUGGGACAGUCGAGACGGUCGAGGAGAUGAAGGUGGAGGUGAUGUGUCUGGGACGGUCGGUUAUGCUGCAGGCAGUCGAGGCAUUGAUUAAGGCUCAUCCGUAUGAGGAGGUCGCGUAUGAGGUGUAUAAGAUGGAAAAUGUGUAAUGGGCUGUUGGGGAUGUCGGAUGCGUUGCUGGGUUAUAGGCCCGGUCGGUUAGGUGUCACGAAGGCGUUGUAGAGAGAUUGAGUUGUGGGGGUGCCUGUUGUUAGUCCCAAUAAAUCUGCAAGCCAGAUUAAAGCCGAAUAAAUUAUAUCAUGAU